AUGCCUUUCAAACGCUUCAAGAUCAACGGCGACAGGCUGAACAGCACAUUACAAGAAACAUGCACCUCCUACGGCGCUCUCCCAGCGCCAUCAACAGGCAUGUGCCGCCUCACUUUAACCCCCUCCGACAAAGCGGCUCGAGACUGGCUAGUCAGCGAAUGCAAGAGUCUGGGAUGCGACAUCAAAAUUGAUCAAAUGGGAAACAUAUUCGCCAUACGCCCAGGUACCGCUGGAAACAAAGCGCCAAUUGGCAUGGGUAGUCACAUGGAUACACAACCAGCAGGCGGGAGAUACGACGGCAUCCUAGGCGUUCAAUCCGCCCUAGAAGUCCUCCGUACCCUGCACGAGAACAGCAUCCAAACCUACCAUCCCAUCGCCUUGAUAAACUGGACCAACGAAGAAGGCGCGCGUUUUCCCGGCGCAAUGAUGGCAUCCGGUGUUUGGAGCACGCACAGUAGCACGGAUCUAUCUGCAUGCCAUGCUCUCCGCGAUACCGACAAAAUAUCCAUGGCAACUGCUUUACAGGAAACCGGAUACCUUGGUCCAACGCCGUGCGAUUACCGCGAGAACAAUCUGUCCGCGCAUUUCGAACUACACAUCGAGCAAGGUCCGAUUCUCGAGCGCGAACGAAAAGAGGUAGGCAUCGUGACGAGUGUGCAAGGGAUGAAAUGGUUUGCUAUUCGUGUCACGGGCCGAGAAGGGCAUUCAGGCACAACGCCCAUGGAAGGAAGAGCAGAUGCUUUAGUAACAGCUGCACGGCUCAUCACUGCUGUAAGAGAUACCGCUGUGCAGACUGGUCUGGGUGUAGCUACCGUGGGUGUUAUCAGCAGUGACACAAGUUCACAAGCCACUAUACCCGCUGGCGUAGGAUUUGUGGUGGAUGUCAGAUGCGAUACCGAUGACCUCGUCGAUCAGCUUUCCGAAUCCAUCUUACGCGCAUUCGAUCAGGUCAUCAAGGAAGAAGACAAUGCGACUACGUAUUCCGUGGAGCGUACGUGGGGAUUACCUGAAUCGAAGUUCCAUCCGGAUUGUAUCGAGGCUGUGAAGAAGGCAGCAGUGGGUCUGUAUCCACCACGAUUAUCGCCACUACUCGCCAAUUUCAUCCAACCCCGGCAACUCCACGCAUCCACCAUCAUGUCGAGUCCAGCAAAACGGAAAGCUGAGAAAGAUAUAUCGCCACCGAAACCAAAGAAGACAAAGUCGACGACGAAGGCGAAGACUGAGAUUCCCGCGUAUCAUCUCACUCCAUCAAGACAGGACGAGUCGGGAGAGAAUGUCUGGCCGGCGAGGAAGGAGCAAAUUGAACGCGCGCGAGAGAUUAUCAGAGACUGGUACAUUAAGACGCACUCGACGGAUUAG